ACAAGAUUCCUAUGAGUUCAUAAAAGUAUUUUAUCCUCCGGGCAGUUCUUAGAGCACAUGACGACAGUUUGGCAGUUUAAUUGAAUCGGUCUGGGUUGCUAAGCUAACGCGAAGUGAACAUUGUAGCGGUAAACUGAAGUAUUAGGGCUGAGAGUGGACAGUUUCAUUUCCUGUAAAGUGACUGAGGAUGAUAUGAUGGCUGUAGGGCAUCCCAUUCUCCUGUCAAGUCCUGAUACCUUAGUGUGAACAAUCUGGUGCAGCCACAUUUCUUCCCCCAGCAGUAUAUGAGAAAAUGACGGAAAAACACCUUCCUCCUAAUGAACCAGAGACUUAAGAUUCAGCUUGAAUUAGCCACGUAUACUUCACACCUGAAAAUAUCUAAACCUGCCACAAAACCACAAGUCAAUGUUUUCCUGCUUACCACCAUCCCAGAUGAGAGGCCCAGACAUUUGCCAUGGCAGUAGUGGUUACUGUUGGUCUGGCUUUAUCAAGAACUGGUUAUCUGUUUAGUUGGAGUUGACCUUGAAAAUCAUCAACUUUGGGUCAGCAAGAGGAGGAGGAGCUUUCAGCCAUUCAUUUAUUAGGGUUUCUCAACUGUUAAAUUGUUUACUGUGAUCAUUCAAAACUCUGCCACAAAACCAGCCUUUAGAAAUAAGGACGACGUCGCUGGAUUUUACCAUGCCAACCAACCAGUCCUCCCCGUGGGGUGGAGGGAAGCUUGUGGCUUGUUCUAGUGUAGAUCAUCCCAACACCACAACCUCUGUAAGUGCACAAGCCAAGACAGUUAGAGCCACAAAAGUGCCUUAUAGUUAUGUCUCCUUUGAGCUAUCCAGGAAAAAUGACCAAGCCAAGUCACCAGUGGUUGCUGUUUGUGAAAAAGGCGAUGGCACCUUCACUGCUGUAUCAGAUGGAAUUCUAACCCCAAACAAACUGCUGGUACCAGGGCUGAAGCAGACUGGCUGCAGCCUUACAGAGGCCAGUAACUCGUCCUCUGUGCCCAAGAUGGAAAACCAGGUUGGCCUUAAUGUCCAGCUGCCAGAUACCAUGCCAAAAUCUACAUCGCUUGAGAGCUCUCAGUCUGCAAACAUUUCAGCAGUGGAGAGUCAUCAGGCCGCCACAGGUGAUGCACUUAUGGGACUGGGGACAGUGUCUCAUCAAGAUCUGUUGAUUAUAGGGAAGCAGGCUUCCCAGCACACCAAGAAGCUGACGUGUGAGGCUGCAGACUGUUUCUCUUUGCCACCAGUGCCUGAUAUGUGCCUUAGUCUUUGUCAGCAUCAGGGGCCAGCUGUGGAGAAGGAUGCUUCCAGCCUCGACAGCACAAAAGCAGAGAUGAGAAGCACAAGAGGAGAAGCAAAACCUACACAGAGGAGUUAUUCAAUCCCACCAGCAGCAAAAUACGGUCAGACACACAACAGCAGCACAACUUUGUUUGACAUUUCUUUUGACUGUCAGCUCCUUGUGAAAGGUGUUCCUCUCACAGUUUUGGGAGCAACUACAAUCACCAAGUCCCAAAAAAGAGCAUCACUAGAUCUAACCAAGCAGAUCCCGUGUAGUCUGCUGGGAAGAACCCAGCCCACAUGCAAAAGUAUCAGUUCCUUUCCAAACAGUCCCACGCCACCUUUGAAAUGUGCCAGUGACUCAGAAAAGCCACCUCCACCAGACGCUGCUGCAGGAGCCUUGGUGGGCUCAAUGACCAAUCAGAUUUCAGCCAUUCACCUCACAAGACAGGGACAGCCAGCCUCCACAUCAGAUUUCUUUCCAUCCCCUUCCUCUCCUUCACCGACACAGGAAUCCCUGCUUGAAGAGACUCCCCCUCCCCCUGGCCCAGAGCAUGCUGCACAGGUGGGUGUAGAAGAAGAGGAGCUGGCUGAUGAGCUCGCCUGCAGUGAUGACGACAGCUCAUCCAUCACUGGCACUUCAUCCGGAGGGUGCAUCACUUUCCCCGCCAGCGUCGAGGAGCCAAUGUCGUUGGGACCAGGAGACAGUCCAGAAGAGCAACCAGCACUAGUUCCCAGUUUGUUUCCCCGUAUCCCUCCGACCCUCUAUUUCAGCACCGCCAAUGAGAAAGUGGAGCUGCUUCCUGCAGAGCAAAGGCGACUGUUAAAAUGGAAGAUGAGCACUGUAACUCCUAAUAUUGUCAAGCAAACCAUCGCCAGAUCACACUUCAGAGUCACAAAGAAAAGCCAUGACUGGCUGGGCUGCUGGGGACACCACAUGAAGUCUCCUGGCUUCAAAGCUCUUGGAGAACACCAGAAGCUGAACCAUUUUCCAGGAACAUUCCAAAUUGGGAGAAAGGACCGGCUGUGGAGGAACCUAUCCAAGAUGCAAGUCCGCUUCGGCAAACAAGAGUUCAAUUUUUUCCCCCAGACCUUUGUUCUUCCUCAAGACAUCAAGCUGCUCCGCAAAGCCUGGGAGGAAGGGGGCGCCAAACAAAAAUGGAUCAUCAAACCUCCCGCAUCAGCCAGAGGAAUAGGCAUUCAGGUUAUCCACAAAUGGAGUCAGAUGCCUCGUAAAAGACCUCUACUUGUUCAGAAGUAUCUAGAUAAGCCCUACCUCAUCAGUGGGAACAAGUUUGACUUGCGGCUCUACGUCUAUGUGACAUCUUACAACCCACUCAGAGUCUAUAUGUUCUCAGAUGGACUGGUUCGAUUUGCUAGCUGCAAGUAUUCGUCUUCCAUGAAGACUCUGGGUAAUAAGUUCAUGCAUCUGACCAACUACAGUGUCAACAAGAAGAACUCUGAGUACCAGACCAACAGUGAUUACAAGGCCUGCCAGGGGCACAAAUGGGCUUUGAAGGCCUUGUGGCAGUACCUUGGGUCAAAGGGAGUCAAUACCACCCUGAUAUGGGAGAAGAUUAAAGACAUCGUGAUCAAAACUAUCAUAGCGUCAGAGCCGUAUGUUAACAGCCUGAUGAAGUUGCACGUUCGGACACCUUACAGCUGCCACGAGCUGUUUGGCUUCGACAUCCUGCUGGACGAGAAUCUCAAACCCUGGAUUCUGGAAGUGAACAUAUCGCCUAGCCUUCACUCCAACACGGGGCUAGAUGUUUCCAUAAAGGGUCAGAUGAUCAAAGAUCUCCUGAACUUGGCUGGCUUUCGUAUUCCGUCAAGAGAAGAUGUGGUUACCCCCUGCAGCAGUGCAUCCAGCUCCACCAGCAGUUUGUGUGCAGGGAAUGGAGAGAGGACCAAAGUGGAUCUGUCUGCUGAUGAGAAGGUCAAAAGAGCCUUUUAUCUGAAACAGGGUGAAGCUAACCGGGACUUAAUGCCAACAGUGUUGGAUGUUUUGACUCCAGAGGAAAUCCGAGUUCUGGCAGAGAGUGAAGAUGAGCUGAACCGUCGAGGAGAGUUUGAGCGCGUUUUCCCAUCACCAUCAUCAUCUCGCUACCUUCACUUCUUUGAGUGUCCAAGAUACCUCAACAUCUUACUGGAUGAGUGGGAGCAGAAGUACUGGAACAACAGGGCGAAAUGUAUCAGCCUACUGAGACCACUCUGCCAGCAAGGAGUCCAUCUGGGAACCAGUGACCCUGCUCACAUGUGGUGUAAGUACAGCUCCAGCUCCAGGUUUGAACACAACAGACAGGACGUGGUUAGCCCUUCCAGAGCCAGGGUGGUGGUCAGCCAUCAGCUCUGGUCUCAACGUAACGGCAGUACCGACGAGGAUCACCAGCAGUGCCUGGAUCACCAGCAGUGCCUCAGCCCGGCCUCACCCACAGCCUGCUGUCCCAGCAGUUGGCCUAACUCUGAUGAUCUGAUUUCCUAACCCAGAAUACACUGAAAGCUCAGGGUCUGUUUCUUCCCAUCCUCUGACCAGUGCUGUCAUUUAGCCCUCACCAAUCACAAGAAACAGCAAACAAACUCUGUUGGAGGGAGUGGAUUUUUAGGGUUUAACCCCCUAUUUUGUCUCGUUUUAAACUAAAAAUUAGUAAUAUAUCAUUUGUUAAGCGUCUCGAAGGUGAGGUGAUGAGUAAUGGCACAGCACUGUAAUUCUUGUGUCUUUAAAUCUGACUGUUGGUUUUUAAAAAGACAUUGUGAGCCUUGAACAUCUGUGUGGGACUGGGAGCUGUUUGUGUCACUGCUAACUUUGGGGGUUUCUCUGGGUGAAGGUGUUACUGGGUGUUUGACAGAAUCUUGUUCUGAUGAUAGUGACUUACAGGGUCUUGCUUGAUGAUCAAAUAUUUACUAAAUGGCCUAUGAUGUGCAAAUUGGUGGUAUUAAAAUUUGAGCAGUUUGACUUGAACUUGUAAAACGGACUGUCCUUUACACAUAGUAUUUCAUGGAGGCUGCCAAGUGCAAGUAAAGCACCAGAAUUUAGGUAAUAGGUAGGGAUGGGUAUCGUUUAGGUUUUAUCCGAUACCGGUGCCAAAUCGGUACUUUUGAAACGGUGCCGGUGCUUAAACGGUGCUCGAACCGGUGCUUAAAGAAUGGAGAACACAAACUUAUGUUUUUAUUUUUAGCAGUCUCUUUUUUUCUGCAAAAUGAUAAGCACCGUCCAGCCCCACGCAUGGGGCGAUCCGUGCUAACUCGCUAAUGGAGAUUUACCACACCCGCAGUAGAUGUGUGAGGUGUGAGGUCUUGCAUUUCUCGGCUUUUAAGAAAUGCUAUGCGUCGCCAGGUGUUUCAUCAGAUUCGAGGUGUUACCUCCUUUGCACAGUAUCACCUUAAAGCACUUGUUGCAGGCUGCUGAGUUUGCAUCUUUUGCUGUGAAGUACAGCCAGACUUUUGACCGCUUCGCUGCUGAUGUUGUUUUAAGGUGAUUUUGAUUCAAGAAUAAACUGCUAAAAAUGUUUUGGUACAUCUUCUGUUAAAACUGAAAAAUAUCACAAGCAACGCUAUUGUAACAGUGUUGUUGCUGCCAGAUGUUUGUCACUACUGCAUAAUUAUUUUCAGUUCUCUUAGUCAUAGCAGGAACUUUAAAGGAGACGUGUUUGAUUCUUGAACUGUACUUGGGAGACAUCCUCCGCUGGUUGGCAGAUGAACAAAUUGAUGUUGGCAGGAGAGAGAAGACAAAUAUGCCCAAAGUGCAUUUUCUUACAUUUAAGAAGCAGGUGAAAGUUCAAGUCAAAAAACGGCUGCCGUGUCUCUUUGCUGCCUCGGGAGAUCCAAACGAACAAAGAGCCCCACAGCCAGACGGUUAAUGCUUUUUAUUAUGUGUGAUCAAGCAGCUUAAAGAGUUUUGGCUCAAAGGGAGCACUUUACUGCAUUAUUUGAAACCACAAUAUGAAUUUCUGACAGACACAGAAUGAACUGACUGGUUCUUAUAUAGUGCUUUUCUACUCUGCUUGAACACUCAAAGCACUGUUACACCUACAUUCAUGCAAAUACUUGUUUCUAUUCCUAAGGGCUUUGUAUCUAAGACUGACACUCUGGACACAUCAGGAGCAACUUGUGGUUCGGUAUCUUGUCCAAGGAUACUUUGGCGUGCAGACUGGAAGGAUCGACCUUCCAGAUUAGUAUAUGACGUGCUCUAAGUCCUGAGCACAGCGUGACAAUGACAAUAACAACAAAUCUGAAAGAAAAGUCAUAAAGUUUGGGGUAUUUCUUUGCCCCAACCAGGCAUUGUGUAAAAUCGGUCAGUACAGGUAAGAGGUGUUGGUUUGGGUUUUUCCCUUUUUUUUGUCACUUACUCUGAUGAAUAUUAAAUUAAAGAGAGUUG